UGCGCACGCACGCACGCGUAAGCGUGUGUUGAGAGAGCGCGAAAGAGUGAUGAGACUUUAUUCACAUCAAAUCUGUUGUAGUUUUUAAUCCUCACACUAUUCUGGAAGCAAUAUCGGGAUGAGGAUUUAUUUUCUCACUGGUCGCUUGACAGAAACAGAAAAGUAGCUCUGCGUUUCGGUGCAGAAUGAAGCGUUCCGAAUGGGGACCAGACCCCGUGCCGCGGACAUUGUGGAUGGCACUUAAUCCACGAUUUAUCGCCUGAAAAACAGAUGGAGUGUCAAUUUGACGACACGAACGGGGAAGAUGACUUGUGCGUUUUCUCUGUGUAUCCUCGUAUAUGUUUUGGAUUUAGCUGUUGGCUAUUUAACUGUCACUCUUGAGCCUCUCCCUCCCGUUGUCAUUGGAGACACGGUAACGCUCAAGUGCAAUUUCAUGACAGAUGGCAACCUGCGAGAGAUUGUGUGGUUUCGGGUGACAGAGGGUGGCAGUGCCAAGCAGAAGAUCUUCACCUAUGAUGCCAUGACCAACACCAACUUCUCCUAUAUGGAGGACUUCCGCAGACGAGAAGACUUGGUCUACCAAUCAACUGUCCGGCUCCCUGAGGUCCAGAUGGAUGAUGAUGGGCCUUAUGAGUGCCACGUGGGGAUCUACGACAAGGCCUCUAGAGACAGGGUGGUCUUAGCCUCUGGCAGCAUCGUGCUCACUGUCAUGGUUCCUCCUAAGUCCAUUUCUGUAGUGGCAGCAGACUGCUCGGCUCCCUUCAGUCGCUAUGACACCCAGAACUUCACUCUAGUCUGCAUCGUCAUGGGAGGAAAGCCAGCCCCUAUGGUGUACUUCAAGCGUGAUGGCGAGCUGAUCGAGGUGGACCCCUCUAUUAUGGAGGGUGGCGGGGGCAAAUCCCAGGGCAGUGGCCAGGCAGGGCUACGGAUCUCUAGGCCCCCGAUCAGUAGAGACCUGGAUGACACCAAGCUGAAGAAGUCCCUCUCCCUGCUUGACCAGGGGAAGCCACCCCGUCUGGACCAUGACACCCCUGGGAAAGGAGGGAUGGGGAAGAUGGUAGGGGCCGGGAGGGAGCCAGGAAGUCUGGAAGGGUCUGAACCCAGCCCCACCACCCCGGAGGUGAUCCCAGAGACAGUGGUAAGCCGGGAGUUCCCUCGCUGGAUGCAGAGCACUGACCCGCUCUACUACUUCCAGCACCGGCGGCAGGUGUCCAGCGACGGCACCAUGGAGGUCAGAGCCAUGCUCACCUGGAGCCUCAACCCCCAGCUGGACAACGACGCCCUGUACAGCUGCGAGGUCAAGCACCCAGCUCUGUCCAUGCCCAUGCAGGCUGAGGUCACUCUGUCUGCUCCCAGGGGCCCCAAACUGUCCAUGACGCCUGGUAAGGCUAAAGUAGGAGACACUGUCCGCAUUACAGUUCAGGGCCUCCAGAUCUCAUCCACUGGGAACAUGGUGUUCCCUGAGCCAUUGUUCACCUGGACCAGAGUGGGAGGUCCUCUGCUGGACGGGAGAGAGGAUCUUAUUGGAAGGGAGUUGGUGCUGGAGCGAGUACCGGCCAAGCUCAACGGCUCCAUGUUUCGGUGCACUGCCCAGAACCCUCUGGGCUCCACAGACACAUACACACGGCUUAUCGUAUUUGAGAACCCCAGACUUAAGAAGGGGAGACACAAUUUUGUUGUAGAUGCAGCCUAUUGCAAUGAGGGACUGGGGCUGACCACCAUGGUGCUAAUGUUAGCCCUGACAUGGGAGAUGACGUGAGCAGCAAAAUGGACCCAUGACCUUAUUCAGUCACUCUAAUCUCUCCAGUCUCUUCCUCGUCACUCACUUCCCCAUCUUCAGGAGUUCCAGCCACUGGACCUGAAGAAGCACUGUUCACUUUUCAUAAAAGCAACGUCUGAAAAUAAAAACAUUGUCAGAAAUAUGAGAGAUAAGAACUACAUGCAUUCUAACUCUCUUCGUGUUUGUUGUCACUCUGCCUGUCUAACUGCAUGUUCCCUUUUCGUCUUGUCAACGUUUUAUGGUUGACCCCAAUGUGUGUUAGAGGUCUUUUUAACCGAGUUGGUGUGGGCUGGCCCACAUUAGAUACUUUUCCCCAUCUUCCUGUUAUUUGAAGGCCAGAACACAUACAAUGUGACAUGCUUUUCCCCAUCUUCCUGUUAUUUGAAGGCCAGACCACAUACAAUGUGACAUGCUUUUCCCCAUCUUCCUGUUAUUUGAAGGCCAGACCACAUACAAUGUGACAUGCUUUUCCCCAUCUUCCUGUUAUUUGAAGGCCAGACCACAUACAAUGUGACAUGCUUUUCCCCAUCUUCCUGUUAUUUGAAGGCCAGACCACAUACAAUGUGACAUGCUUUUCCCCAUCUUCCUGUUAUUUGAAGGCCAGAACACAUACAAUGUGACAUGCUUUUCCCCAUCUUCCUGUUAUUUGAAGGCCAGAACACAUACAAUGUGACAUGCUUUUCCCCAUCUUCCUGUUAUUUGAAGGCCAGAACACAUACAAUGUGACAUGUUUUUGAAAUAUCUUGGUCAGCCAGACCUUGAUUGAAAUAAAUGUUUGGUCGGAAAAAUAAUAAUUGAAUUAGGUAAAGAGCUGUAUAUUUUAGGCCAUUGGCUAAAAUGCUUGCACUUCUUUAAGGAAAAUGUAUGGUCUGUGGUAGGCCUACUGGCCCUACUUUAAUGCACAGCCCAGUUUCUUUUACCAAUGAGAAAUCUUAGUCACGGAGCCAAUGUGACAUUGAUUCAAUGGUUGGAAAGAUGGGGAGAGGUCUGUCUGUGAUAAAGAUAUGCUUUGCUUUGUUGACACCACACACCACAAAGCAAGGCCUGCAGGCUUUAUUUUUAUAUUAUGUUGAUUAUUGCCCCGUCGUGUGGUCAGGUGCUGCAAAGAAGGACCUAGAAAAACUGCAGCUGUCCCAGAUCAGAGCGGCAUGUGUUACUCUUCACUGUAAUCAGAGGGCUAAUAUCAAUACUAUGCUGCCAGUCUCUCUUGGCCAAAAGUAGAGGAGACACUGACUGCAUCACUUCUUUUUAUAAGAAAUAAUGUGUCGUAAAUUCCUAAAUGUUUGCACAGUAAACUUACACACACUUACCCCACCAUAAAUGCCACCAGGGCUCUUUUCACAGUCCCCAAACAAAUUUAAAUAGAGCCAUGAUUGCAUGGAACUCCUAUCUCAGAUGGAUCAAAUGAACAGCGAACCUGGUUUAAAAAAACAGAUAAAGUAUCACUUCAUGGCACAAUGCCUCUGCUAUUUGACCUAGAUAUUUUGUGUGUAUGUACUGAUAUGUAAGCUAUGUGUGAUGUUUUUCAUUUACGUAGUUCUGUCUUUGAGCUGUUAUUGUCUAUAAAUGUUCUGUAUUAUCAA